UGUCACAGAAAAGAUGGGAGGUGCCGAGGGCACAAAAUUGGAUUUGGACUUUGUGGAGAUGGAAAGAAAAACAGACGUCACUUGCGAGCUAGUGGAAGAGUUACAAACAAAAACGAAAGAGUUCCUGCAGCCGAACCCCACGGCUCGUGCAAAGAUGGCUGCCGUGAAGGGCAUCAGCAAACUGAGCGGGCAAGCUAAGAGCAACACCUACCCUCAACCAGAGGGCGUGCUAGGCGAUUGCAUGCUGCUCUACGGCAAGAAACUUGGGGAGGACACCGUCUUCUAUGGACACGCAAAUUGUCUCAUCGAGAUGGGCGAGGCUCUGAAGCAAAUGGCUGACGUAAAGUAUUCACUGGACGACAACAUCAAGCAAAACUUCUUGGAACCUCUUCACCAUUUGCAGACCAAAGAUCUUAAGGAAGUCAUGCACCACCGAAAGAAACUACAGGGACGCCGGUUGGACUUUGACUGCAAGCGGCGAAGACAGGCUAAAGGAGCUCAUAUUGCAGACGAUGAAAUACGACAGGCGGAAGAGAAGUUCGCCGAGUCCCUACAACUGGCCCAGAUCGGCAUGUUCAACCUUCUCGAUAAUGACGUGGAGCAGGUCGCACAGCUCACGUUCUUUGCAGAGAGCCUUCUCGAGUACCACCAACAAUGCACGGAGAUCCUCAAAGGACUCGUGUCUACGCUUAUGGAAAAGUAAGUAUUA